UUGACAACAGAAUUGUUGUUUUCAAAAUUUGUCACAGUUUUUUCGGAGACAAACCUAUCAACAAACUAAACUUUAAAUUGAAUGUUAAAUAAUUAUAGUGAUUUAUAAUAAUGUAGCGGUGACUAUGUUAGACCGAGCUUCAAAUUUCUAGUUGUUUUCAGUGCUACUUCAGAGGCCGGGGCGCUCGCUGGUGGAAGGCCGAUGUAAUUGGCGAAAUGAACGACCCGUGGGACGUGAAAUCCGUUCGGCAGUCGGGACAGUACGUGUCCUGUAUGAGGAUAAAUGGAGUGCCCCUUCUGCCGCCAGUCCUAUCCAAAGAGUGCCGUAAAGAAAUGCAGUACUACAAGCUUCUGGCUAAAGAAGUUGAGAAACGUAUAUCACUACUGAAACCAUACAUCAUAGACACUGACUCAGACUCCAGUGAAGAUAAGACAGAUGCCCCAGAACUUCCAGAAAAUGAGCAAAGCUAUGAGCUGCCCCAAGAAGAAAUACAAGCCGGCUUCAAUAUCAACAUUGACAAAAUAGUAGCAGUCACAAAUGAAACCACAUUAGAAAAGUCAAUUCUUAACUCACCACCACCCUGUUCUAUUACAACAGAUUUUUACAACAAUAUAACUUCUAAUGUUACCGUCUCAAACACCAUAGCAACACCCACAGUCACAAGUUCUCCAAAGAAGUUUGUAAUUGAUUUAAGUCUAAGUAUUAAUGAAACUGGUAGGAAUGUUCUAGAAACUUUAAAGAAAAGUCCCCAGCAUUCCUCACCUCCAAUUGAUCUACCAGAAAGAGACUAUGAUAGCCCUAAAAAUGUUACUCAGAAAGAAGUUCUGACUGAUGUGGAGUCCUGCAAAAAGAGUUCUAAACAACAAAACAAGACAGAUGACAUUGUUAACUUUAGUUUUAGCAUUGAUAAAGACAUCCUCUCAGACCCAUUCCCUGACCUUUCUAUAAAUCAAGAUGGACCAUCAUCCCUCAGUUCCAAAAGCUUUACUGGCUCCCUCAUAGACAUACACACUGAAAGCAUGAAAGAAUCUCAAAUAGGCCCCCAGUUAAUAAGGCAAAGAUCUUACACUCUCCUAAAACCAAGUCCCCAGCUUUUAGCUCACCUCGAGGUGCAGUCAAUGAAUACAGGCAUAGACAUGAGCUGCAUUUCCAUGAGCGAGUCAUUCUCCAAUCUAAGCUCCCCAGGCAAAAAACGUCGAAGCUGGGACUUAGAAUCAGCCAAAGUGAAAUGGUCUUCAAUGGCUUUAGAACUCAACCAGAAGAAUGUAAUAAAUGCGGCAAAAGUAAAUGGCGUUAAUAAAACAAACGUCGCCAAACCCAUUCCAAAGAAAACUCAACAACCAUCACCACAGAGGUCUCGAUCAGUAGUGCAAGAGAAGACUCGGCGUCCUAACAUGCCCACAAAACCUAUCCCCAAAUCUGAACCUAUCCAAAAACAGCCUCCCAGAAAAUCCUUUAGUCCCGUAAGAAAUGUGCCCACCACGCGUGCAGUUCCCAUCAAGGAACCGGUAUCCACCAAAACGCCCAACUCGAGUCAAGAAUCUGUAGCUUCAAAACCGUCGACGGUACCUAUUUCUGAAUCGGAGGACCCCGCCGCACGAGUUAGGGAGUUAUACGAGAAAAUACAAAAGCAGCAGUUAAUACAGAUGGCUAACCUGGUAGAGAAGCAGAAAAAAGAACAGCAACUUCUGCAGCAAGUGUUUGAGGAACAAAACAAUAUUUUGUACAAGCAGCUUAAAACAAUAUGCCCAAAGUCGCCAGUAGAAGCGAAAGAAGCCUGGGCCGACAAGAACAAUGACCGCGCCGAUAGGGGGCCGGUCAGCUUGAGCCAGCUCAUCAACCACAAGACGCCGGAGUCGAGUGGAUUUGACAGUCCAGUGUCGGUCACUUUGACUGAAACCAACAAUUACAUUAACCAUUGCGACGAUGUGUUGAAGCGGAGCAAGGACAUAACUAGCAAUAUAAAGAAGCAGCAACCGAUAGCCAGGCCUCAGAACGGUGCUAAAACUUCGUCACCGAGAAUAAAAACUGAUGGCAGCAGAACUAGGACCCAUUCGCCGACUAGCAGGAACACUUCUAGACGGCUCAAUUACGACACGAGCGCUUCUUCCGAGCGUGAUUUCGAGCCUCUGUUGACCGAUCGAACGAACGACACGAUGGCUGACCUGAACGUCACCUUCCCUUCCGACCACAGCGAGGACGGUCACUCCAUUCACAAUGGAACCGUGAUCAACAAAGAUAUUACCGUCGUCCACCGGGCGCCUCUGUCCGCCGGGUCGGGGCACCACAGCAGGACCCCCGACGUGACCCUGAGGAGCUUAGAGGAGCCCCUGCAGACUCCUAUGAGCAUUUGCCGCCGCCCCAUGAAGCAGUUCGUUUCCCAACCUACUGCUGAGCAGCGAGCGGCGGCGACCAAAAUAGUGGCAUUCGCGAAAGGCUACCUGGUGCGCCGGCUGCUCCGCACGGACCGCGUGCAGGGCACGGUGCAGACCAUCCGCGACGCGCUGCUGUGCGCUCUGCAACUGCAUCAGGAGCGCGAGGGCAUCCGCGGCGCCGACGUAGGGCUCCAUCGCCGGCUCAUACAGCAGAUCACGGCGGCGUGCUACGCGCUUCACGACACGUUUAUAACGAGCACGCCGGCGGAGCGCUGCGCCAUGAUCGCCGCCGACCGCGGCCGCCGCCGCGCGCUCGCUGCCAGGCCUCCGCCGCCGAGGGCUCAUCGGCCCACGGACCUAAUGUCGCAAAGCCACACCGGCGCGUUCCCGGCACGCUCCCGGCGCCCUUCGGCGGGUUCGCUCAUGACUCAGUCCAACUAUGAGACAUUUAGCGGCGAGAAGUGCACCCGAGCUCGCUACCCGGCCAGCCCGCGGCGGCGGCCAUGGCGCUGACACGCGGCGCGCGCGCGCUGCCCGCUGCUCGGAUGCUUCUACGGAGAAUGAGGGUAGGCGUUGUGUUCGGAUACGCGGCGAGCAGGCAUGGAACUAUUCGGAUAUGUUUAGAACGAACGCUUGCAAGACGACGUGAUAUAUGGCUAUGUUAAUUCGGCAAUAGGUUUCUGGCGCUAAUUAAAUUACAGUAACACGUUGGACGCCGCGCAGCAGUCUAGAUUCCCAGCAGUCACAGACUUUAAAGUUCAAUAAAAUAUUUAUUUUUAGUUUGUGGUUGUUAGAAAUGACGUUUUUAUAAAGUUUUGUACGAAAAUUUUAUAACAAUAGUUCUGUGUGUGCGUUCAUCUUGUUAAGUCAAAGUUAAAUUAUAAAAAUGUAUCGUAAUUUGUGUUAAUUAUAAAAUCAAUCACAGAAAUAUAUUUCGCCUACAAAGCCGACUUGCUUGCCUGCGUCGAGUGAUCGUUAAGUAUUUAUUAUUAUUAUAAAUUAUUGACAAUUUAUUAUACGCCUAAUUUGAAUGCUGCUGUAAACUCGGCCUAAAUUAAUCGGCAAAGAAAAAUCGCCUUUUGCUUCUUUAGCAAUUUCGGAUCGUCUUUAAAUGGAUUUCCUACUUUAUUUAUUGCACAUGAAGUAUUUUCUCUCUUAUUGGUAUGUGCUCUAUUUUAAUCCAUGACGUUUUAAUUUAUGUAUUAAUCUAAGUCGCAUAAUCUUGGUCACAAAAUAUCGUAAGUCAUACUCAUUAUCUCGUUAGACUAUCGCUAGCAUCACCAACUUAAUUUUAUUUCAGUUAAUAAAUAUUAAAAUGCUUGUGGUUAAGUAAAUGUUAAAUAACAAGUAUCUUUCAAGGUUUAAAACCAAAUUAAUUAAGCAAUGCAUUAUAUUGUGAUUGAAAGGUUGUACAUUUCCUGUGGCUUCCGAAGCGCGAGUGCCUAGUUUGUCACAAACCCGUUUUCUGUUAUUUUAUAAACAUUUUCUAAUAAUGU